CCACUUUCUUUCUUCACUUUUGCAAACUCAGCAAACCCAGCAACAAUCCCUCUUCCAUGCCAAGCUCAUCCUCUGUAACUCUCCCUCUCUUUUACCCAAUUUUUCCGUACUAAAUCUUCUUGUUCCUGACUUUCUGUUCCCUCAAAGAGAGAAAAAAAAUUUAAAAAAAGUUCAAGCUAAAGGCAAAGGAAACUUGUUCUACACGAUGGAAAUCCUGUCUAUGGCUGGAGAUGCUCUAUUAUCUGCUGCUUUCGAGUGGCUGCUCCAGAAGUUGGAUGACCGCCUUAAUUCCAACGACUUACAAGAAGAAGUCCACGCUGAGCUGCGAAAGUGGAAAUUGUCUUUUCCACGAAUCCGUGCUGUACUCAAUGAUGCUGAACAGAAACAGAUAACUGACAGCUCUGUGAAGAUAUGGCUUCAUGAUCUCAGGGACUUGGCUUAUGAUAUGGAGGACGUUCUCGAUGGAUUCCGCGCUGAUGUCCAGAGGAGCACUGUGAUGGCCAAACCUCACCAAGGUUGCACCAGCAAAUUCACCCUCAAAUGCUUUCCUUGUUUCAAACACAAUGAUUUUGUGUUUGACUCCGAUACCAUUUCUAAAGUGAAGCUGAUAGCUGAGAGAUUGCAAGACAUGAUAGCACAAUCGGGGCCCUUGUGUCUAGUGAGUUCCACAAUUCAAGCUGGAGAGAAGCUUGACAGAGCAGCUACUGGAUGGGUACCCACUACUCCUCAACUUGAAUCGCAUGUUUAUGGUCGAAGGGAUGAUAAAGAGGCCAUUCUUCAAAAGUUGCUUAAUGGUGAAGGGGGUUCGGAGGCGUAUUGUGUUCUUCCCAUUGUUGGGAUGGGAGGUAUUGGCAAGACCACUCUAGCUCGACAAGUUUACGGGGCGGUGGAGCAGGAAAACUUUCAGCUCAAAGCCUGGACAUUGUUGUUACAGAAUUGUUAUGUGUUCUCCAAAUUUCCUGCAACAAUUGGGAACUUGAAUGACCUUCAAUAUCUUGACAUUACUAGUACCCCGUCUUUAAAAGCCAUGCCACAGGAAAUAGCUAAUCUCAAAAAUCUUUUGAUGUUGCCCAAAUUCAUAGUAGGGAAAACAAAUGGACUGAGAUUAGGUGAUGUGAAGAAUUUGUUACAUCUUCGAGGGUAUCUAUCUAUUCUAGAUCUGCAAAAUGUUUCUGAUUAUUUAGAUGCCAGGCGAUCCAACUUACACAUGAUUAAAGCUCUAGAUGAAUUGGUGCUAGAAUGGACUUCUGAUUUUGAUGAUUCAAGAAAGGGAAGCGAUAUUGCAGAGGAAGUGCUCAGCUCCUUAAGUCCUCAUCAAAAUUUGAAAAAGUUGACAAUUAAUUGCUAUGGUGGUAAGCAAUUUCCGUCCUGGAUUGGUGAUCAAUCUUUUUGCAAGUUGUCCUAUUUGAGGUUGUCUGGUUGUAGAAACAGCACUUUGUUGCCAUCAGUUGGGCAAUUACCUGCACUCACAGAGUUGAUUAUUGAAGGCAUGGACGCAAUUGAAACUGUUGAAUCUGAGAUUUAUGGGCGUGGCACUUUUACAUCACUGCAGAAGCUUAAGUUUCACAACAUGUUAAACUGGGAGAAAUGGGCUUUUCUGACUACCACUGGAGUAGAAUUCUCAUGUUUGAAGGACCUUGAGAUUGCAAAUUGUCCUAAGCUGACAGGAAAAUUACCCAGCCACCGUUCUUCUCUCAUUAAUCUUGUGAUAAAGGGAUGCCCAGAGUUAACAUGUCCAUCUUUAAGUCUUCCGUCUCUUGAAAAAAUACGCAUUGAAGGUUGCAAGCAAGUACUUCUGGAGAGCAUGGUUAAUUUGACUUCGCUUACAAUGUUGGAACUUUCAGAUAUCUUGGGGCUUGGUUGCUUGCCCAAGAGUUUUACAGAUUCCUUGACUGCAUUAGAGAAUAUAAAGAUUGAAAGGUGCCAGGAGCUUACCUAUUUGUGGGAGGAAGGAGCAGAUACAUCAAAGCUUGCUCAUCUUGAACGUAUGAGUAUUGUGAAUUGCCCUUUGCUUGUGUCAAUGUCACGGGAAGAACAAGGCCUCGUGCCUCCCAAUGUUAAAUAUCUUUUCCUGUAUAAUUGUGGGGCUUUGAAGUGUUUACCCAAUCGUAUGAUGAUGAGGGUAGAUGGAAGCAACAACAUGGUGAGACUUGAAGAGUUGAGAAUUGAGAAUUGUCCUUGUCUACAGCGUUUUCCAAGAGGGAAGUUACCUGCCACGUGUCGACUGUUAAAGAUAAAAGAUUGUGCCAAAGUAGAGUCUUUACCGGAGGGGAUAUUGGUGCAAGAAGAUGGUGACAACAGCAACAAUAUUGAAGAAUUGGAAGUCACAGGACUUCCAUCUUUAAAUUUAAUUCCUAGUGACGAUCGAUUACCAACUGCUCUUAAGUCAUUAGAAAUUAAUAAUUGCCCCAGGUUGGAAUCAAUUUCAGAGAGGAUGUUGCAACGUUGUCUAAGACUUGAAUGCAUGGGCAUUGGGAGUUGUGUAAAUUUGAAAAGCUUAUCCUUCAGCGGCCUCAGCAAUCUCACUCGUUUAUACAUUACAGGAUGUGAUGCUUUAGAGUCCUUCCAGGAGAUGCCGGAGUUGAGCUUAUCCAUCCCCAGUAUUAAAAAUUUUCAAAUAUUUAGUUGUCAGAAUCUCAAGUCCCUGCCAAAAAAGCUGUACAACCUCACAUCGCUUCAGGAAUUGUGGAUAGGUGGGUGUCCAGGAGUCACGUCAAUUCCUGAAGGGGGUUUGCCCCCAAACCUAACUGAUCUUUCAAUUGCUUGUGAGAAUCUGAAGCAGCCUAUGCGAGAAUGGGGCCUCCACACCCUCACUUCUCUUAAUCGUUUCACCAUUGGUCAUAUAUGUCCUCCAAAUAAUGUGCUUCCUUCUUCUUUAACCUUUCUUCGCAUACUAGACGUUCAGAAUCUGAAAUCCAUACCCAGAGGCCUCCUCCAAAACCUUAAAUCCCUUACAGAGUUAUGUAUCUUGAGCUGCCCAAAGCUACGAUCCUUGCCAAGGGAAGGCCUGCCUCCAUUGCUGGGAGAACUCUGGAUCAACGCAUGUCCACUUCUAAAAAGAGAGCCUUUUCAGGAGAAAGGACAGUAUUGGCCCCUCACAUACCACAUUCCCUGCGUCUAUAUAGAGGAGAUCCAGGUAUACAAUCAAGCUCUUCUGAAACUCAGAAUUUAUAAAUAAAUUUGUUAAAUAAAAGGAGAGGCUUUUGUUAGUUGUUACCAGCAUCUGCAAUUUCUCUUUCAGGUUAUCCCGCAAUAAGCAGAUUAUCCUCUUGCAUUUGAAAUUUUGUUUUCCUCCCUUGAUUGAAUUGAGUGCCUCAGAUACAUUGGGUUUAUGCCGUGAAUUUUGACCACCU